AUGAAGGUGUUUGCAUCAGACUGCACUUUCGACUACUCGUGGGAAGAAGUAUCCACUGCCAACUGGCGCAAAUACUGCCCGUGGAACCAAAGUUCAACGCAUGUCAUUGCCGUUGAUACCCUCUCCCGAGGCGUUGACGCUUCAACUGGAAUCCUUCGUGCCGAGCGCCUCAUCACAUGCCAGCAAUCCGCUCCGAAAUGGAUCAACGCCCUGAUUGGCGGCAAAGACACCUCGCACGUCUAUGAGAUUUCCUAUGUGGACCCGGAAUCCAAAAAGGUCACCAUGUGCUCGACAAACCUGACAUGGGCCAACCUGCUUUCCGUCCGCGAAACCGUCACGUAUCAGCCUCAUACCAGCCUUCAGACCAAAUUCACGCAGGAUGCCCAGAUCACUGCUCUCUGCGGUGGCUGGCAGAAAGUCAAGAACAGCAUCGAGGACUUCACCGUCGAGCGCUUCGGCCAGAAUGCCAAGCGCGGCCGCGAAGGGUUUGAAGCAGUGCUAGAGAUGAGCCGCAGAGUAUUUGGCGAGCAGCGCGAGCGUCAACAGCACGACAGCAUGAAGAUGGCUGCUUAA